UAUUGAUUAACACAAGAUGGCGACGACAUUGGCAAGAAAAUAUGUUGCGUCGUUUCGGUUAUCAGCUGUCUCGCUAAAGUUUAGAUCGGUUGCAUUUCCUUUAAAAAGCACUCCAGCUUUAUAUUGUCUUGGUGAAAGAAAUGCUUCACAAGAUUUCUAUGCCAAAAAUAAGAGACUUCGGAGGCCAACGUCACCGCAUUUAUUGAUAUACAAGUUUGAGGCACCAAGUCUUCUAUCUAUCAGUCACAGAAUUACUGGAGUUAUUCAAUCUGGAGCUUUGUCAUUGGCUGCCAUUGGCCUCAUGUUUGCCCCAGAGAACUUUGAAUACUAUAUCAACUAUCUUCAUGCACUUGAACUGCCAUAUGCUGUGUGGAUGUCUGCAAAAAUGUUACUUGCUUGGCCUUUUAUUUAUCACUUCUGUAAUGGAAUCCGCCAUCUGGUAUGGGAUGUUACAGCUAAAGGUCUGAAUAAAAUUGGAAUUUUUAGAACUGGUAACAUUAUUCUUUUGUCGUCUUUCAUAUUAACUGGCUUAUUGGUGUGGUUUUAUUGAUCAAAUGCAAAUUAUGCAAAUAUUAAAGCUGUUUCUAACAGUAUUUAGCUAGAUUUACUUUAUAGACUUCACAUAGCAUGCGAAAAAUUGUGUUUUAGUUAUUUACCUUCACAGCAAAGAACGUAGUGUUAGUAUGCUUUUUGUGAACCUGCUGGAGAUUGUGCAUUGUUUAUAGUUUGUUAUUAAUUGAAUAUCGUUUAGACAAACGA